CGAGCAACAUAGCUAACAACUUUUCGUGAAGAUAAAUCAACACUUUCAUCUAAUAGAGUUUCUUGAUGAGCAUUUAACUCCCAUUUAGAGCUAUAAUGGCACUGUUAAAGAAAAAAAAAAAGAAUCUUGUUAUCGUUAUCCAAGUAGACAGAUAUAUUGACUUCUGCUUUUACCAGGAGCAAGCAAUCGAGGGACAGUCCGAGCAGGAAUCUGAACCCAAAACAAACCCUCGACAUGCUCUUAACUGUCCACCAGCUACCAGCAGAAGAUCGAGGCAGAAUUUGACCGAGGAGGAGAAGGAACAACGAAGACUCAGUCGUGUGUUGGCAAACAGAGAGUCUGCUAGACAGACGAUUCGUCGGAGACAGGCCAUGUAUGAAGAAUUGACAAGAAAAGCAGCUGAUCUUGCAUCGGAGAACGAAAGUUUAAAGAAGAAAAAGGAGAUGGCGGCUAAGGAGUACGAUUCUUUGAAGAACCAAAAUGCUAGCUUAAGACUACAGGUAAUCUCGUUUUUUAUCAUUGAAGGAGAUGUAUCAUUGACCUGAACAUAUCAUAGAGUAAAGCAUCUAGUACCCCCGAACUAUGACCGAAUUUUCUACGAGACACUCCAACUUCAAGGGGGUCCUAUUACCCCCGAAUUAAAUUUUAGCGUAUUUUUGACAACCUUUUUAGCUGACGUGG